CCGACCGUUCAGUCGUGAAUCGGGCUUUCAACUGAACGGACGGACUGUGCCCACAGCGAGGGUCGCCACGAAACUAUCUGACGUGCGAGUUGCGAUUCCACGCGAGCGUUCUACGCGAAAUGCUACUCGGUGCGUUGUCGUUAUCCUUGCCGCUGUCGUUGGUCCUGCCGCUGUCAUUUGCCGGAUUUUGGCAGACCUCGCCAAAGUUGUGAGCGAGUGAAAGUUUUUUGUGCAUUUGUCGUGCGGUGCGACUUCGGUUUACCAUUACUCUUGCAUUCGCAAUUGCGUGCUCAAUUCAAAAAGAAGAAAAUUAAGGUAAAGGAUUUCCAUGGCCAUGGCAGGACCCCACCGCCUGCCACGCCCACAUACACGCCGCCGCUUCCGCCUACAGGCGGAGUUUAACGUCCGGCAGUUGGCCAUCACGAUAAUAGCCACUGCCGCGGUUACCAUGCUGAUGACAGCCACGCCCACCCUCGCCGAAAUCCCCUCAAAGGGAAAACACACGCGACUGGACACCCAGCAGACGGCACAGGAAGAUUCCGACUUUCCGCGAUUCGCGGAACCCAUUGCCAAUGUCACCGUUUCCGUGGGUCGAGAUGCUCUAAUGGCAUGUGUGGUGGAGAACCUUAAGGGAUACAAGGUGGCCUGGGUGCGGGUGGACACGCAGACGAUCCUGUCCAUUCACCACAACGUGAUCUCGCAGAACAGCCGCAUCAGCCUGACCUACAAUGACCAUCGAUCGUGGUACUUACACAUCAAGGAGGUUGAGGAGACGGAUCGCGGUUGGUACAUGUGCCAAGUGAACACGGAUCCCAUGCGCUCCAGGAAGGGCUAUUUGCAGGUGGUGGUUCCACCGAUUAUUGUCGAGGGCCUGACCAGCAACGAUAUGGUGGUGCGCGAGGGUCAGAACAUCUCGCUGGUUUGCAAGGCACGUGGCUAUCCGGAGCCCUACGUCAUGUGGCGACGCGAGGACGGCGAGGAGAUGCUAAUUGGCGGGGAGCACGUUAACGUGGUCGACGGUGAGCUGCUGCACAUCACCAAAGUGAGUCGCCUGCACAUGGCCGCGUACCUGUGCGUCGCCUCCAACGGAGUCCCACCUUCGAUUAGCAAACGGGUCCACCUUCGUGUGCAAUUUCCGCCGAUGCUAUCCAUACCCAAUCAGCUGGAGGGAGCCUAUCUGGGCCAAGAUGUUAUACUCGAGUGCCACACGGAGGCCUAUCCAGCAUCGAUUAACUAUUGGACCACGGAACGCGGAGAUAUGAUCAUAUCGGACACCUCGCGAGCCGGCGAUAAAUACGAGACCACAUCGACCGUCAGCGGUUACACAAAGUACAUGAAGUUGAAAAUCCGUGCCGUUGGACCCAACGAUUUCGGCACAUAUCGCUGCGUGGCCAAGAAUUCGCUUGGCGAAACGGAUGGAAAUAUAAAACUGGACGAAAUGCCGACACCAACCACGGCCAUCAUUUCAGAAAUGUCCUUGCUGAACCGCAGCUAUGAUGGCAAGAGACGUCAUAGAAAUAAAUUUGACUCGGCUAACGCUCUGCCUGAUUAUGGGGUUGAGGAGUGGCGUGACGGAGCCCAAGGCAACAAUGCUGGAAACAAUGGCGAUAACAAUCAAACGCCCGUGCGUAAUCCGCCCGGAGCAUUCCACAAUUCUGCAGGCUCACUGGCGCAGCAUAAUCUACUUGCUAAAAUAAUGCUCGGCAUUAAAACGCAAUCAUUUGGGAUUUUCAAACGUUUAUCGAGCUCUUUGCCGCUGGCGGCGGGACAGAGCUUUCUCUGGCUGUCGACGUUAUCGCUGGUCUCAGCCCCAAGUCGGUGGCGUAUGAGUAAUGUGGAAAAUCGGCCGAACUCACCGGAGACCGUUGUCAACAACGAUACCGCCGCCGAAUGCUGGGAGACCAGAAGCCAUUGCGUGAGCGAAAGCAACAACAACAACAACAGUCGCAUUACCCAACGCCCACCGAUGUGGGCGCGGCAUUUGCGCAUAUUUCACAUUGCUCAUACGCCGUGUGGCGCGUCAACGCAAUACCAACGCCUAUGCGAACGCCAAUGGCAAUGGCAAAGGCUGUGGCAGUGGCAAUGUCAGUGGAAGUGGCAACAUCAAUGGCAGUGGCCAAUGCUCAUUUGCAUAGUUAUAUUGGCUGGCUGUUUUGUUCGGUGGCUGCCAAUGUUGCUGCAUUUUAUCGGCCGGCACAUCGGAACAUUUUCUAUUAGCGCGACGCAUAGGCAACAUUUAAUGUGCACAUUUUGGGACAACCGUGGUAAUAAGGUUGUCGCCAAAAAUACCACCCCAGCCAGGCCAAGUACUUUCGAAAUGCUCUGCUCCCGGAUGUUUUCAAGAUGAAAUCAAAUAAUUGCAAAGGCAAAAAGAAACUCAUUUAGGGCACAAGCAGCUUGAAGAAUGAAAUCAAACCUUGGCCAGGCGAGGACCAGGAUAACGAGGACGAAGUGGGACGUGCGAGUGGUCCAUACAACUGCAGUGGUUGAAAAUCAGAUAUAGAUAUGUUUAUACUAGAGCGUAAAAUGAAAAUCAUGUUAGGGACGAGCUGGCCAGAAGUGACAGCUGAAGUGCAGCAAAUAAUGAUAGCUACAUCCGACAUUCGGCAACGGAUGGGGCUUUAGAACUAAUCGGAAGUCUAAGAAAAUUUAAUGUACCUAUUCCUUUAAUGAAUGUAUUAAAAAAUAUAUAUUUUAUUACAAAAAUUAUAUUCAAAGCAUUUCAUGUUUUUUAUGGUUUUAUAUAAAUAAAGUUAUAUGACUAAACGAGAAGCCAUACAUGUUCAUUUCAUUUCUUACAAUUACUUUUCAAAACAAUUAGAGAUCGUUAUGGUUUUUGUUCACAACACACAGGAAAGUAAAAAUGUUUCAUUAUGUAUAAACCAAUUAAAAGAAAAUUAAUUAAUUAAAUCGCCAGAAAAAUUAAAUACUGGAAUGACAAAAAAAAACGGAAAUACGGUUAAUCAAAUUUGCAUUUAUAUGAAAGUAUUUACGCAUACUCAUACAUAGCGAAUUUACAUAGUAAAUUUAGCAGAAUUAUAAAAAAAAAUAAAAAUUAAACAAAAAAUUGUGAACCAAUAGCUAAAACAAAAAAGUGUUGUAUUAAGUAAUUUAUUGGAUUAAGUGCUGACACUUAACAGACAAAUGAAAUUGUUUUAGCAAUUUUGUGAAGCUGUUAACAAUACGCUUAUUCAAUUAAUUUGGGUUGCAUUGCAUCUAAUAUGUUUAACUUUAUGAGCAAAUAGAGCAUGUAAUAAAUAUAAAGCUCAAUGAAUACGAAAUUAACCUUAAUUUUAUUUAUUUUGUUGUAGAGAUUAAUUAAUUGUAAAUAUUUCAAUGGUGCAAGGCAAGAGUAUUAAAUAAACCCAUUGAAACUUCGCUGUAUAUAUAAAGAAAGCUAUAUGUGCUACUAAUACAUAUAUUUCCAUCUGAGGCUCAUAGGGCUUACCUGACCCUAUCUAAAUAAUUUAAUAAUUAUUAUAAAUUGCGCUUAAGUUUUUAUUGUAAAUAAUUAUCUCAUACUAUCAUAUACAAGUUGAAAUGAAUGUUAACGCGUUAAAUAAAUAAAAUAUUUAUCUUUAGAUGUAGAACCGCAGAAGAAGCAAGCAAAAUUUUGCAGUUGAAAAUGAUGAUGAUGAGAACUAUUUAAUUAAGCCUACUUAAGAAGCUCAGAAUACUUAAAUAUAAAGUCGGAAAAUUAUACCUAACGUCUAAGUUAGUUAUAACUUAUUAUAUAUGUAUUGAGCUCUAUAUAUGUGAAUAAGUGGCAUAUCUAUGUGACAUAUUUGUAUGUAAAUGUACGCAAAAGUUUACAGCAAAAAUAAAGCCCAAAAACAAGCCC